CUCUCUGCAUUAAAGACUUUUCAUUCAUUCCCCACAGUUCCUGCUACAACAAGCAAUUACUUCUUUUUACUCUCCUCUGAAGUCUGAAUUCUCUCCAGCAAUGUACGACAACGAAAUCCCACAUGCUUUCUUUUAUUAUUCUCACUCACCAUAACUGAUCUCCAUUCCACAUACUGCAAUAUUACUAUACCUCCCAUUUAUGUUUGUCUUAUAUACACAUUUCAAGAUUGGGUGCGCGUGGACUCUCUCCUUAUCUCCACGGAUUUCCUGCUGGACUUUCUUGUUCGCUCAAUCUUGGUGACAUAAGGCAUACUGUUCAUACUCUUCAAAUACCUUUUCUUUCUUUCUCUUUGACAAAGGAAUAGUGCAACAACAAAUACACUUUCUUUCUUGAGGAAAUUUUCUGGGUUCCUCUGGUCAACAUUAUGAAGAUUUCUGGGUCUUGGAUUUUGUGCUUGCUGAUCGUGACAGCUGUAAUGCUCCUUAAUUUAUCAAGCAGCAGAACCAGCUCGUCGAUUGCAGAUGUUUUAUUCACUGGCAACAAUGGCUAUAGUUCAAGAAGGACUACAACAAUUGCUGGGAGGAAGCUGAAGGAGCUGAGCAAUGAUGAAACGAGCAUCAACCACGGCAUGAAUCUGGACGAUUACCACCCCAUUGAUCCGGUCCCAAGUUCGAAGGCUUCCAUAAGACCUGGACCUAUAGAGCAUGGUACUCCGAUUAACCCAUUUAUUCCUAGGCCUUCACCUCCUCCAAAUCAUCCUACAGAUGGUGGUUCAACUUAGCUUGCUAGCAGCCGGUUCCAGUGACAGUUCACGUAGCAAGUUACUUUGUCCGGGGACUUUGUUUCUGUAAUGUGUUCAUCCAGGCAACUUAAGUUACUUACCUAUUUUAUGUGUCAUGUGUUGUGUUUGCAAUCGAUGUUUUUGCCACGUGAGUAGUAGUAUUUUGUGUCCUUGAAAUAACUCAUGUACUUAUUCUACCUCGGAUUGAUAUAUAUAUCUAUAAAUCUCUCCUCAGAAGCACACAAUAUGUUGCAUAA